AACAAAAAUAAGAUUUUUUAAUUUGACCAAAAUCUUGAGUCAAUAUUAUAAAGCUUCCUCUGACUGAUGACAUAUAAGCUUUGUAGUAAGCUAAACGUUCGCUUUAAAGAGUAUUGAUUUGCAAUAAAAAAAAAAACAAUGUGCUUUUAAUAAAUUUAAUCGAAGCGGGUAAAACGGCUGAAAAGCUUUAUCGGUUACCCACUAGGUAGCGGGAUAACCUUGAUCGGUAGUUUUGUUUAGAUUUGUAGAAGUAUAGUUCAUAGUAGCUUCGCACACAAUCAUACCGUCUUGGAGAGGUCGGUAUGAAGUAACCAAUAAGCGAUUCGCCAGUCUAAUCGUUCCAACGUCAUUGCAUAACUCGCAUUGCUUUUUAAACCAAUUAUUUAAUGCGCUGCGUGCAAUGAUUUUGCACUUGGAGGCGUUUUCCGAUCGAUGUCACGCGUGUGUGGUGACGCCGACCGAAAAUGCGAAUGGGCGUAAUAACACCGGCGAGUUCUACGAAUUGGAUGUACGUCAGAACUAACCUAACAAAAAGUUGUAUGUGCAGUUUCGACUAGAAAAAAAAUAUAUUAAAAGAUAGUCGUAAAUAAGCAUGAAUUAUUGUUUAUCCGUGCAUCAUCGAACUAUAGCUUCGAUAUGUUUGACGUUGUCGCUCUCCUGUGCAACGUCCGUAAUAAUUUACUUAUAGGUUAACUCUUUGCAAGCGUCCAUCGACGUUUACAAUCUGUCAUUUAGAUUCGACAUUUUGUAAAUUUGGAUGUAAUAUAUAAAUAUAAACAUAAAUCUGAAGUUUCAGUGGAAGUAGCAUGUAUUUUGCCAUGUAUUUUAUAAUAAUCAAACCUCUUGAAACGUUCCUGUUAAUAACCAAUAUUGAAUCUUGCAAAUUCGAAGUAAUCUUUAGGAAUGAAACCAGUUCCAUUUUGGAGUAAUUUUUAAUUUGUAUAUUUAACAAAAUUGUACCGAUAAGAGAUUUGUUACAAUGCAUUUAUGAUUAAAUGCAUGGAUUCUACAUGUGAAGAAUAAUGUCUAAGAUUAAUGUAUAUUUGAUUAUAACUUGAUUGCAUUAAAAAUGCAAGCCAAGAAGCGCUAUUUAUUGCUAUUUGUAACCUGCGCGUUUCUUGGUUAUUGUUAUUUUGGUGGAUACCGAUUAAAAAGUGAAAAGUGGGCAGGCAGAUCUCAGUUGCCUUAUGAGCGAUUGCCUUCAUAUUUAAGUCUAAAUGAAGAAUUCUAUGACAAGGAUUUAAGGACGUCAAAUGGAAAUUUGCUUGUCUCUCAACGUACAAGACAAUGCCGUAUGGAGACUUGUUUUGACUUUACUAGGUGCAAGCAUGGUUUUACAGUUUAUGUAUAUCCAGUUGAGGAUGUGAUAAGCCCGCUAUACCAAAAAAUAUUAAAUGUUAUUACUGAAUCAAGAUAUUAUACAUCAGAUCCAGCUAGAGCAUGUAUAUUUGUAUUAGCUCUUGAUACAUUGGACAGAGAUCCAUUAUCAACAGAAUUUGUUCACAAUCUUCCUGCAAAGUUAAUGCGUUUACAAUAUUGGAAUAAUGGCAGAAAUCAUUUGAUAUUUAAUUUAUAUUCUGGAACAUGGCCUGAUUAUGCAGAGGAAUCGUUAGCCUUUGACAUAGGGUAUGCCAUGCUUGCUAAAGCUAGCAUGUCUAUCUUCAGGCACAGACCAAACUUUGAUGUAUCUAUACCAUUGUUUGGAAAACAACAUCCAGAACGUGGUGGAGAACCGGGUCAAGCAUUAGAAAAUAAUUUUCCUAACAAUAAAAAAUAUGUAGCAGCAUUCAAGGGUAAAAGAUACGUCCAUGGAAUAGGUUCCGAGACAAGAAAUGCUCUCUAUCAUUUACACAAUGGCAAAGACUUGGUGUUUGUCACGACUUGCCGUCACGGCAAAGCAUGGAGAGAGUUACAAGACGAACAUUGUCAACAAGAUAAUCAGGAGUAUGAUAUGUAUGAUUAUGAAAUUUUAUUGAUGAAUGCUACAUUUUGUCUUGUACCAAGAGGAAGAAGACUUGGUAGUUUUCGAUUUUUAGAAGCUUUAAGGGCUGGAUGUAUUCCAGUUAUUCUAAGCAAUGGCUGGGCACUUCCUUUUCAUGAACGUAUUGAUUGGACACAAGCGGUUAUAUUUUCAGAUGAAAGACUGUUGCUUCAAAUUCCGGAUAUAGUACGGUCUGUGUCUAAUGUACAAAUCCUUAAACUACGGCAACAAACGCAAUUCCUUUGGGAACGAUACUUUUCGUCGAUAGAAAAAAUUGUAUUUACAGUAUUCGAGAAUAUCCGCGAACGUUUACCGUGGGAAGGUACAAGGGAAAAACUUGUCUGGAAUAUUAACCCUGGAGCUUUAGCAAUAUUACCGCAGUUUGCUGAUAGCCAGCAAGAACUUCCAUUUUCGAAAAGUAAUCCAGGUAAUACCUUCACUGCCAUCAUCUAUUCGCAGUUGGGAUCCACUGCUGUUCUCUAUCGUUUGCUUAAGAGUAUCGCGAAAAGUAAAUACCUAGAUAAGAUUAUUCUAAUGUGGAACUCGGACAUUCCGUUACCAAGGAGGCCGCGAUGGCAAGGGAUCAAAGCAUCAAUACAUGUUGUUACAGUUGAUGGAAUAUCCCAACGUUUUUACCCACACCCUUUAAUCAAAACUAGUGCCAUAUUAUCUCUAGACGAGGAUGCUACACUCAAUACAGACGAAAUAGAUUUCGCCUUUACCGUUUGGCGAUCGUUUCCGGAUCGAAUUGUUGGUUAUCCGGCUAGAUCGCACUAUUGGGACGAUUCCAAACGGUCGUGGGGUUACACAAGCAAAUGGACAAAUGAUUAUAGUAUAAUUCUAACUGGUGCCGCCUUUUAUCAUCGUUAUUAUAAUACAUUGUAUACCGAAUUACUGAGUUCGACGCUGCACAAGACUGUCGAACAGUCGCAAAACUGCGAGGACAUACUUAUGAAUUUUUUAGUCAGCCAUAUUACGCGAAGACCACCUAUUAAAGUUACUCAACGGAAACUAUAUAAAGAUACUACAGUGGCUGGAAUCAGAUCUCCAUGGAACGAUCCAGAUCACUUUAUACAACGGCAAACGUGUAUGAACACGUUCGUAGCCGUUUUCGGGUACAUGCCGUUGUUACGAUCAAAUAUGAGGCUUGACCCUGUUUUGUUCAAAGACUCUGUAAGCAAUUUGCGCAAGAAGUAUAGACAAAUUGAAUUAGUUAGUAAUUAGGAUUAUACAGGAUCUUUAUCAAUUACACAGCAGUUAUCUACCCUCGAAAUGGGCAUCGUAUAUAUGCAUAUGUAUAGCCUCGAAUAUUUCGAUAAAAUAGUGGCGGGAAUUGCUAUUGCGAUUGGCGCGCUUACGCAUGCGCGCUAGAGGCUAUUCGAAAACGUAUAUAUAGGGGAACACUUACAUCGUUGCGUAAGUAGGUAACGAGCCACAGGGUGUCACGUACCCUAGUGGCUGUCGAGGCAGCAAAUUAAGAAGGUCUUUCAUUCUCGAGGAAUGGCGUUACUCUGCGCUUUUGUGUAUUCGCAUAAUGAAUUUUGUACAAAGUAUCAGAUAUAUAUAUAUACCUUGUAACAUUGUUCGAAUUCAGAUCGGGCCAUGGCACGCAAUCAAUUGCGUAAUUGUCGUAUUCAAUUGAUGUACAUACGAAUCGUUUCAUAGUUAUUAAUAAAACGUAAAAAUUAAAAAAAAAAGAAGAAGAAAAAUUGAGAACAAAGAAAAAUAUUUGGCAAAUCUUUAUAAACCGGCCUUUCGAAGCUGCGAAAAUUAUUCUAAUCCAUAGUCAAUUGAUCGCUCUAAACCAAAUUUAUCAAACGCUUACUUUUUUUCUUCUCUAACGUUGAAAACAAUGAUCGUGCAAAUGGUAUUUUGUACAAGCAAGACUUAGCUGUAUCCGGAUGGCGCCUCGACAGUAGUAGCCUCAGGGAUGAAUCUAUUUAAUGCAGCUUACGAUCGUGGACUAUUUGAAAGCUUUUGGAAAUGAUUUCCUUAUUUUUACAUCUCGACUUUUCUACCUUCGUAAAUAAUUAAAAAAUUUCAAUUCGUUAGCGUAAGGCAUGACUAUAUUUCUCGUAAGUUUCUGCGUACGACCACGUUUACAGUUGCAUCCAACGAUGCCUUCUCUCAGUAAACAUAGGGGAAGACUCACUAUUCUUGUUUGACCGAUUCUUACUCUUCACUUGGGGUGGAAAUUUUCUUCUAUAGAUCUAAUUUACCAUUGGUAGGGCACUCUGCUCCAGUAAAGUACUAAAGCUAGUCGGUAGAGUAGAGUGGAAUAGCACCCUAGAGUAAUUCUGCUACCAGCUUUUCCCCGCCUUUCAAAUACAUUACCGCUAAUGUACUCUACCACUUGCUCUAAUAACGUACUGAUGUAAAUCAGCGCUACUAAAGCUUUAGUAGUAUUAAAGCUGGUCGUUGGUAAAGUACAGUGGCAAAAAACAGUAGUAGAGUAAAUUAAUUUUCACUGUUUCUCCUACCGAGAAAAGGUAUCGUUGCGCGCAAUUAUACACGCGACAUGAAACGGUGUUCGCCUCUGUUCAAUUUACAAGAGGGAUUUCAUUCGUUUUUUAAUACGUAUCGCUGUACCAUUCGUAGUUUAUGUGUUCGGAGCACAGAUUAUUCAUAACUUGUAAUCAACGUACCUAGAAAGUAUAUUUCAAGGAUUUUACGUAUCGACUACAUUGUGUACACGCGCGAAAUGAUAAUUGUUUAUACCUGUACAGCCAGGAUUGCUCUCAGGAGAACCUUUGAAAGGAAGUAAGAAAUUGCUUGCGAGCAAUAUAAUCGCAAGUACGUCUAGUCGUUUACGUUCGUUUACAUUGAUACGCCGGAUGGUGAAACGGGAAAAUGAUUCGCGUAAGUAGGUGAACUGGAAUACCGUGUUUAUGUUUACAGGAUAAUAAGAAAAUGUACAUAUAUGUAUGUAUAUGUAUAUGUGAUACGUUCAUAAUUAUCAUGUGAUAUAUUCGUAAUUAUUGGAGACAGGAUUUAACGAAGGAAAAAAAAUAUGAAAAGAUACGAAUGGACUGUGUAAUUCCACCAAUGGCAUUUCUUUGUAGCGAUCAAAGUUACGCGUUAAUAUAUGUUCAUCAGAAAUAUUACAUUUUUUAUGGUAUCGAUAGUUUUGAAUAAUCGUUGGAGCGACAGUAACGAAGAAUCAUUCUGUUCAAUGAAUGCUCUCUUUCGUUGUCUUGUUUUAAUGCACAAUUAAAGAAUAACGCUUUGUUAUCGAUGUGUUGUAAUUAGUAAAGGAGAUUGUAAUUAGAUUCUUCUUUACUGUAUGCUCUACUCUUAAAUUUAAUUAACGUACACGGGACUGUGCAAAAUGAUAAUCGCUUUUAUUACGAACAAAGUUUUUGUGGGAUACUCUUGCGUUUGUUACGGUAAUCAAACGCUGAUGGUCUGUAUUUUUUUUUUUUUUAAUUUUUUUAUUCUAAAAAAACGAAUAUUUAACAAAUUAACGUAGACACUUGGUCUUUACUUUAGGUAAUCGAUGGUUUUCAGUAAUUAAUUCGAAGGUAAUCGUCGAUGUAAUCUUAUUGCGUCAAGAUAACGUGUAUCCGAAUAAAUAUUGGUGAUUUUAUAUGGCCGCGAAAAAUAAAGUUUUUAUACAAACA